CCAAAAUACAGUUUGAUGAUUAACUCUUUAUGUUCGGAGCCAAGAGUUUGAAAACUGAAACAAUUUCAUUCACGCGUGUUCCACUUCCCGAUUCAUCCCACCACUUCUCCAGCCAGCGCCCCCAGCUUUCAUCUUCUUCGUCAACGGCCCCCACCAAAUCGAAGUGUUGAGCCGAGGAACCUAGCCAAAGCGCGCUCACAUCCCUUCAUCUGAGCCCAGGCUGCAAGAUUCAAUUCAAAAUCGGAGUAUACUCGGAGGUACCCACGAUGGCUUGGACAGGAAUCGGCAUUGUGUAAUGUGUAUGCUGGGGCUGACACACAGAUGAGUCUUGGAGAGAUUUGUCUCUAGGAGAGCUCCAGGCUUCAACUCCUCAUGUUGGACCCAACAUCUAAAUUCCAACCAACUGUAGAAUACCGCCCGAUUCGGCUCUCGGAUCUUCAGGUGCUCGAGCAGAUUCACGUUGACCUGUUUCCUGUAAGGUAUGAGAGAGAUUUCUUCUUAGAUGUUGUUAAUAGCAAUGGUAUCAUAUCCUGGGGUGCUGUCGACACGAGCAGAUCAGAUGAACUUGUUGGGUUUGUUACCACCAAGAUAGUGUCUGCACAAGACAGUGAGAUUGAAGAUUUGUUUAGCAACAACUGUUUGUGGAAAGACCCAACUCUUGUGUAUAUACUAACGCUUGGGGUGGUAGAUCGUUAUAGAAACCUUGGCAUUGCAUCUUCCCUGGUUCAGGAGGUUAUUAAAUAUGGUACAAGUAUCAUCAACUGCAGGGGUGUAUAUUUGCAUGUCAUUUCAUACAAUCAACCUGCAAUCAGAUUCUACGAGAAGAUGCUAUUUAACCUUGUUAGAAGAUUGCCAAUGUUCUACUACAUUAAAGGACAGCAUUACGACUCAUUCUUGUUCGUAUACUAUGUCCGUGAGGGCCUUUCACCUUGUUCACUACUGGGCUUCCUGGAGGUUCUGGUUACAAAGAUAUGGAGCAACAGAAACCAAAGUACACAUGAAUGGUCCAGAUUUAAGGAAUCAAGCACCCUUUUGGUUACACAGACUGAUACGAGGAUAAUCAGCAGUGAAGAUAAGAGAUGCCAUGUCUAAUUUAUACUCCGUGGUGUCUUAUUUACAAAUGGAUGGUGCCUUCUGAUUCAUUGCUAAAUCAUUUGUAAUUCAUCAAGCAUAGUCUUGUUCAUGAUUAUACAGAAAAAAUAUGUGUAGAAAGAAAUUCCAUUAACAUUUUUUAUGUUGGAAUAUAUGUAUAUUUCUGCAAUAUAUUCUUGAUUAAGCUUUAAUCCUGAAAGAGGAUUUCUUUUUUGUUCGGGGUAAAAUAAGCUUUCUUGCACUUUACUUAGAAACAACUCUGGUAAAUGUUUAGGACUUAAUUUGUACAUUUAACACAACAAAAUCAUCAUUAGCCAUCAUAGUUGUUGUCUUUGGUCAAUUUGUAGCUAUACUUAACUAUUGCCCUUGUUCCAAAUUAACUGACGCAGUUUUGGUCAGAUUUGGUCUAGAUACACUUGUAUUGUAUCUAGAAAAAAAGCUGUGUCACUUAAUUUGGAAUGGAGGGAGUAAUUAGUAACUAAGUUAAUCAACUUCCUAUGCUUGAUAGGAGUAUGGUUGGUUUCAUAGGGUAAGUGGUCUCCCAUGUCUCAUCCAACAGAAGCAUGUUUCCCUUGUGGUCAGACGCUCUUGGCUCUUCUUGAUAACUCUUGUAUAAUCUAACGAUCUCUAUACCAAUGUGGUGUUUUGCAUGCUAGCCAGGUCAUGGCCACCAUGGUGCAUGCAGAAUUGGAGAGACAGAAUGGAGUAGUGACUGUUGCUAUGCUGUUGUUGCUAAGAAGAUGGAUGAGUUUUUCCUCGCAUACAUGCUAAGGUAAACUCCUGCUCAAGGAUGCGCCUUUGUUGUCAGACAUCUCAAGAUGGGGAUUAUGCCUUCGAACGAUGAUGUUAAUGGUGAUCAUUUUGUCUGGCGCUGCUGGAUGUUUUCUUUACCAAAUGGUGAGAUCUCGUGAAGCAGUUUUGAUAAGAAAUAGAAUGAUAUUUUACUCUAUUCUUGAUGUUUGCACUUACUAGUUCCAGAGUUUCAGAAUGUCAGACUGAUUUCUUCCAGUGCUGCUCUUUUGAGAAAUAUAA